AUGGACCCAGCAGAGUACACCUUCGAGCCGCUUCUCCACCCGCUGGACCCUUUGGCGGACCUAAUGUCCUCCGCGUUCUGCCGGAUGCACGACGGGGAUCCCACGGAGACGUGGCACCUAAUGAUGGUGCGGUGGGAGGAGGUAGACAGGGAGUUUGGGCCCCUCCCGGAAUCGGCGGAACCGGCUGAUACCGGUGUUCCGGGAGCCACUGCGGACCCAGCGCUCUCUGGAGGCGGCAUAGAGGAACUUGAGCGGCUGGAGUACACCCUCCACCGGUUCGUCACCGAAUUCGGGAGGACCACAGAUGCCGAGCGCCGGCUGACCAUAUGUGCCCUGAUCAGGAACUCUGUGGCAGGCAAACCCAGGCUUUUCAGGCUUCCAGGAAUAAAGGCCCUGCUAAGAGAGAUCUACCAGCUGGAAGCCAGCCUGCAGACCACCUUGAUUCCUACCAGCGAGCCGGCGCCCAGCCUUCCGGACCUCCAGCCGCCUACUGCCGCUACCGUGGCGGACCCCCAGUCGCCGCCGCCGGUUUCCGCCGACGAAGCGGACCCCCAACCCCAGCCGCCGGCUCCCGCCGACGAGGCGGACCCCCAGCCACCGGUUUCCGCCGACGAGGCGGACCCCCAGCCACCGGCUCCGCCGACGAGGCGGACCCCCAGCCGCCAGCUCCCGCCGACAAGGCGGACCCCAGCCGUGCCUGUAGAGGCGGAUGCCCAGGGAGUGUGCACUGGACAGUCCUCCUGGAAUCCGCCUCUGACCCCCAGCGAUUCAGACCAGCUGACUGGCUCCCCUGACCCAGACCGGCCGACCGGCCCCCCAGAGCAGCCGACCAGACCACCCAACCCUGACCAGAGGCCCAGCACUUCUGACCCCCGGCUGGCGCUCGGUGGCCCUGCCCUCCGCCGACGCCAACGUUUUUGGCCCUCGGUCGGCGGUCAGCGCCCCCGACCCCAGUUGGUGUCUGGGCUUCCGUCCUCCCUGGGCAUUGGCUCCUGGGUCUCCCUGGUCCCGGUUCCAGGGAUCCCUCGGGACUCAGUCCCCUGGCUUCCUCAGGUCCUGGCCUCAGUCCCAGUCUUUGUACCUUUCCCGGUCACUGUCUCUGUCCCUGUCACCGUUCCUGUCCCCGUCUUCCUCCCUGUCCCUGUGUCCACUCCGUCCAAAUUUGCCGCCACAACCGAUCCGUCUGUAGUCCCACCGUCUCCGUCCGCGUCCCGUCCUGCCCGGUCUACGCCUGUCCCGUUUCCCAUGCGCCCUCUGUUGGGCAGUCUUAUGCAUCCCCUCGAACCUCCUAAGUCUCUUCUCUCGGUCGUCGAUCCCUGUGUUGUCUUUUCUCCUUUGGUCCCUCGCUCGCUACUGGUCUCAGCCCUUGUUCUGGACUUCCUUGUGCCCACCGUUAGUGCCUUCUCUUUGUCUGGUCUUCUGUCCUAUCCUUUCUCCCCUCCUGCGUCCUCUAGUCUCAGUCUUGUCCCUCCUUCGCCCUCUCCUUCAUCUCCUUUCCCCAUCUCCUCUUCCUUGCUCCUGUAA